CUUAGUGACACAUGUCCAACAGAUUGACAGACUGCUUAUUAGGCAAAUGUAACUCAUGAUCUUUCACUUGCAUCUCCAGGUUCUGUGUCAGCGGUGCUGGCUACAGUAGCCUGCAUCAUGGCUUUCCUUUCUCUGUUUCUUAUACUGGUGCUGGUGUACAAACAGAGACAAAACACGCAGUCUAGCAGACGUGCACAUGAGCUGGUGAGAAUGGAUAGUGAGGCUCAGGGCCAUGAGAACCCUGUGUUCCUGGGAGGUUCCCCACAGACCAAGACCCGCACUGUGUCUCAGAUCAUGGCCAGGCAGUCCUCGGAGACAGGACAUCACUUGCUGUCUGAUCCAGGAACACCUGUUUCUCCCGUCGGACUUGGGGACGUCUUCUUUCCAGUACAGGAUCCCAUCCCUGAGUCGCCAGACUUCUUACAAGUUUAGAGAGGGAAGGAUCUCCUUCAUCUUUCACUACCCUUGACCUGGAAACCAUCCGGUGGUUUUCUCCUUUAUCUCUCUUUCAUCAGAGCUAUGGCGCCCUUAUGGCCCGUCUCUCAACUCUGCUGGUAGAGCUCUUUGUGCACUGUCUGGACCUCAGGAGCGAAAGAACUGUUUUUUUUUUUUUUUUUUCCUCAGUCCAAAAGUAAUUCCACCUGCAACAACAGCUGGAGGGCACUGGAGGAACCUUUGCUUCUGAGCACUUGUGUUGUGGCAGGGGGCGGGAAAUGUGUGUGACGCACCGUCUGACUACUGAUGACGGCUCCUGCAACAACAGGUGCCCUGGUCUCUGGGUGUGAUGGGGCCCCCCGCUGCUUGGGAUGUCACUAGUGUUAGGAGGGUGGGGGUCCGUCUGUCUGUGUGCACACGGCUGUGCAUGUUUUGGGGGGGGGGCAUGAAGCAGCUCCUGGAACCAGUCAAUGUCAUCCAUUACAAUUUCUGUCCUUGUAUUAAAGGGAUUUGGCUAUUGGAUUCCAGAACAUUCUCCUUGUUAAUCAAGCCUCGGUGUAUUUGGGCAAAUUGACCCAAAGCACCUGUUUGCAAAUGGCAUUAUCCUGAUCCACUAUAUAAUUUCCCAGGGCUUCAGUUUCCUUAUUCCCCCCCUGUCUUUGCUACCUCAGUUACUGUUAGCUCUGUUAAAGUAACCCCCGCUCCCCACCGUACAUACCCGUACAGGCUAAACCCAGCACUUAAAAAUGGCAGUGAUUACAUUCAUACAAUGCUGAAAGUACUAACAGGUGUUAAAUAAAUAAGUACAUUUUACAAGUUCACGCAUGGUGCUUGAGAAUAGAAGUGCAUAGUCCAGUCUUUAGAGUAGAAUUAUAGAUAAUCUGUAAUAUAACGCUUCAUCACUGCCACAAAGUCCAAUUUUGCUUUGGAUAUGUUUUCGUUUUUCUAAUGGAAUUUUCUUUUUCCUUUCAGACAUUCUCUGGUUUGUACACAAGUUUGAAGUAAGACGUUAUAUCUGGUGUUAUGAUAUUGAGCAAAUGUAACUUUGACAGGUAUACAGCAUCUCCUGUAGUGGUUUACAUCCCAUUUUACACGCUAAGGUGGGAUGUAAAUUCUGCAAUGCAAGAGAUUUCCUCCGCAGACAGGGAAACGGGUUUGAAAUGUUUUUGGCCGGAGACAGCUACAUCAACGAGGGCCACAAAACAAGACAGGCAGAGUGUUCCCCAAGUCACCAUCAUUUAUACCGUGUGUGAUCGUGUGAAACGACUGUUGUUAUUUUUAUUAUUGUUUGUUUUGAUACCGAGUGAACUUUGUAGCAAAUGUUGAAAGUAAAUAUCUCAGGACCUGCUUGUAUGUCUGUUUUCUUUUGUCUUUUCGUGUGUGUGUGUGUGUGUAUACAGUGUGUGUAUACAGUGUGUGUGUACAGAUGUUUUGUUCUGUUAAAAAGCUUUUCAUUGACACAGCAACGCUGUGGAAGUGUUAGUCCUGUACAGUCUUUGAAUAUCUAUGUGAAAUAGUCCUUGUUCUGGUUUUAAAUAAUAAAGUGGAGCUCUUAUAUCUUCGA